UCAACCUUGCCAGUAUCGAGAAGCAGCUUAACAACCGCCUCAUGCCCAUUCUUUGCCGCCAUAUGCAAUGCUGUCCGUCCAUCCUCAUCCUUAGGAUCUGGGUCAACCUUGUCGGUAUCGAGAAGCAGCUUAACAACCGCCUCAUGCCCAUUCUCCGCCGCCAUAUACAGCGGUGUCCGUUCAUCCCGGCCCUUAGGAUCUGGGUCAACCUUGCCAGUAUCGAGAAGCAGCUUAACUACCCCUUCCUGCCCAUUCUCUGCCGCUAUAUGCAGCGCUAUCCGUGUAGCCCCGUCCCAAGCAUUGGCGUCAACCUUGCCAGUAUCGAGAAGGAGCUUAACAACCGCUUCAUGCCCCUUCUCUGCCGCCAUAUGCAGCGCUUUCCGUUCAGCCCCAUCCUUAGCAUCUGCAUUAACCUUGCCAGUAUCAAGAAGCAGCUUAACAACUGCCUCA